CAGCCUCGCCCAGUGUUGGGAGGGGGAAGAAUGAGCCGGGCGGGCUGCUGUGGGCUGAGUGGACUGAGUGAGGCCCCGGGAGUUUGCUGCCUGAAACCCAGAGCCUGUUCAGUGGAUCCUGCAAAUCUCAACUGCUACCAUGGCAUACCCUCUGGAGAAGGCCCUGGAUGUGAUGGUGUCUACCUUCCACAAGUACUCGGGCAAGGAAGGUGACAAGUUCAAGCUCAAUAAGUCAGAGCUAAAGGACCUGCUGACCCGGGAGAUGCCCAGCUUCUUGGGGAAAAGGACAGAUGAAGCAGCAUUCCAGAAGCUGAUGAGCAACUUAGACAGCAACAAGGACAACGAGGUGGACUUCCAGGAGUACUGUGUCUUCCUCUCCUGCAUCGCCAUGAUGUGCAACGAGUUCUUCGAGGGCUUCCCCGACAAGCUGCCCCGGAAGAAAUGAGGGCCCCUCAGAUGCGGUGGGGGCCUGCCAGCUGGAGUUUCCCCUGUGGGCAGUGAGCACAAAGCCUCGCCCUGGCUCCUCCGGAUGUGUGCAGGAUGCUGAGCAAAUUCAAUAAAGAUUUUUGAAAACUA